UUCUUAGAUCCAAAAUGUACGCAUAAAUGACGCUGUGGAUCGACAAAAAGAUUUAUUACUUUACAAUAGUUAAAAUAUCUUAUCUUAUUAUACAUUUUAUAAGGUUUAAGAUAAAAUUAGAAAUCUAACAAUAAAAAUCAACUUUUACAACAAUAGUUAACUUAACUUACGAAUAGGGGAAUAAACUCCUAUACAACAUGUCGAAGAGGGAUUACAAUGACUACAGAAGAGACGACUAUAGAAAAGUGUUUGACGUUGUCAGGGUCAAGUGUCUACAGAGCAGAGGACAGGAGGGAUGAUGAUGAUGAUUUGAGAUCCAGAGAUCGCUCACCACAUAAACCACACGAUCAACAUGAACUUUCCAGCAGUUCCUUCCAACCACGAUCAGGAAAACAAAAACUUGUAUUUGGUUUUGAUAAGAAAGCUACCAGUAGUGACCCAAAAAAAAGUGGUAUUCAAAUGAAGUUAGGCAGUGGCUCGAAACUUCCAAAAUCAGCACCUGUGCAAAAACCAACAAUAGCAUCUGUUUUUAAUAAUGAUGAUGAUGAUGAACCUGAAGAAAUGCCUGCUGAAGCAAGGAUGAGAAUGAGAAACAUUGGGCGAGAAACACCAACUUCAGCAGGUCCUAAAUCAUUUGGAAAGACAAAACAAGGCUUUUGUGAUUCCAAAAAAAUUUUUGAAAAAACUUUAAAGCAAGCAAUGGACGAAGCAAAUAAAUGAGUUUAUUUUCCUUUUAAAACUAAUUUAAUUAAUUUAGUUAUUAUUUUAAAGGAGUA